UAAGAAACAAAGAAAGCCAGCACAGCUGAAUCAGACAGCACUACUACUGCAUGCAAUCUCCCUUCAACGGGGUCAGGAUCCCGGACUGCGGAGGGUAAAACUCCUUAGAAGCGGAUGAAGAAACUCCUUUUGCUUCGGUUCACAUACAGAGGACUUUCCCUCAGAAAAGGGAAAAAGAGUAAAAGAAGAAAAUGGCAAAUUUUAAUCUGCGCAAAGCCGAACCAAGUGAUGUACCAGACAUAUUACGACUCAUAAAGGAACUUGCUAAAUACGAGGAUAUGGAGGAGAAAGUUAUUUUGACCGAGAAAGAUUUGCUGGAGGACGGAUUCGGAGAUCACCCAUUCUAUCACUGUAUUGUUGCUGAAGUGCCAAGAGGGCACCAGACUGGGAAAGAUCAUGCGGUAAUUGGAUUUGCCAUGUACUACUUCACUUAUGAUCCUUGGAUUGGAAAAUUGCUCUACCUCGAGGACUUCUUUGUGAUGGAGGAAUACAGGGGUUUUGGAAUUGGGUCUCAAAUCCUGAAGCAUCUCAGUCACACUGCAGUGAAGACCCGCUGCAGCAGCAUGCACUUCAUCGUUGCGGAAUCCAAUAAGCCAUCCAUCGAGUUCUACAAGCGACGUGGGGCUUCUGACCUGUCACGCGAGGAAGGCUGGCGUCUGUUCAAGAUCGGCAAGCAGCACCUCCUCAAGAUGUCAACCGAAGAGUGAGCGAGCUGGCCCUGGCAUUUGGCCAGUCAUGAAUGCAGGAGGACUCUUCACUGGUUCCUCUGGUUCUGUGGGGGUUUUUAAUGAUCAUAUUUUAGUUUUUAUUCUUUUGCAGUGAAAUUGUAACCAUAUAAUGGCUAGAUUCAUUAACCAUCAUUAGUCAUGUUUUAAAUUAAAUUGAUCAGGAUCUUAUGAUUUUUUUUUUUGGUUUUAAUAUUUGAAAACCUACUGAUUUAUUUAGUCUUCUACAAAUCAUUCACUAAUGUGUUCCAGGAAGGUUUUUCAUGUAUUGCCUUAUGCUAGAAUGUAUUAAUAAUUAGGCAGGGAAUAAAAAAAGGACUAAAGUCA